AUGAAAGUUGAUUUAGACAAUCUUAGUAGUGAUGAUGAGUUACCAUUACAUACAGGUUUAGGAUUCAAGAAAUCUAAAAUAAAUAAUGACAAAGAAUAGAGUUUAAAAAUGGAAAUGGAAAAACCAUAUUAGAGAGCUCGAUUAAAUCUAUUUUAAGAAGAAUUUGAAUAGACUCCAAAAUAAUUGAUUUAAGAAACUUAGAACAAUUAAAAUUAAUAUCUAUAUAAAGAAUUUUAGAGGAGUUAAGCAUUUGCUAAUUUUUAAAAAUCUAAUGCUUCCUUACUAUCAAAUGUAGAUAAAGGUGUAACUGUAAAGAUAUUUGAUAAGAAUAUGCCAAAGAAUAAAUAAGUUAAUGAAACUGAAUAUAGGAUAAAGUAAAAGCGAUCAGUCCAAUUUAAUCUUGAAAAUAAUGUUAUUCAUCCAAUAUUUAAACAUGAAUUUGAGUAUUUAACAUUAGCAGAAAAGCUUCAUCUCUCAAAUAAUAUAAGACGCUCUUGGUAAUUAUAUAAAAUAAAUUCUGAUUCUGAAGUAGAAGCAUAAGAUGAGGAGAGUGAAGAUUCUAUAAUUAAUAUUGUAAGUGAAGUGUCUGAUCCUUAACCUAAGAGUAUUUUAAGAAAGAAACCCUAAAUCUUUAAAGAAGAUGAUGAUACUAAGAAAACAAUCACAGUUGAAUCAGUUGUAUUUAAAGAUAAUAAAAAUAAAAAAAAUCUUACUUAAAGAGAAAAAAAGACUUUAGAAAAAAGAGUUGAAGAUCAUGAUUAUGGAGUUGGAUUGAAAUUGCUAUAAAAAUAAGGAUAUAAAUAUGGUGAAGGUUUAGGUGCCAAUAAAUAAGGUAUAUUAGAACCUGUUAGUGCUGUAAAGAAAUAAUCAUUUACAGGAUAAGGUAUCUAAGAAUAUGAAUAUUAAGAAGAAUAAGAUGAUAAGGAAUAAAUUAAUUAAGAAAAUAAAAAGAAAACAUUAUUUGAAUCUAAAAAACUUAAUAAAUAUGAAAAAUAAUGGAGGAAAAAAUAAAAUAAAUUAGUAGAAUAACCUUCUAUUCAAUACAAAAAAGAAGAAGUAUAAAAUCUAGAUAGAAAUCAUAUUAUGGGAAAUCUUAUUAAAGAAAAUAUUAGUAAUAAUAAUUAUAAAAUAAUUGAUAUGACAAGUUAGGAUAUUAAUGAUUAUUUAAAUAAGUCUUAGGAUAUAUAAGUAUUAAAUAAUUCAAAAGUUAGGGAAUAUUUAAAAGAAGUUUAAGAAUUAACUUGGUCAGUAUAAAAAUUAUUAGAAAAGCGUCUAGCAAAAUGGGAAAAUAAUGAUUAGAGUAUUAAGAAGGAGAAAGAUAAGAUUAUUAUUUUAGAACAUGAAAAAAAAGAAGAAAUAAUAUAAUUUACAUAAUGGAACAAUUCUGUAAAAAGAAAAGAAGAUUUUUUAAAUUAUUUAAAAUUCUUUAAAGAAGAUGAUGUAAUAAUUUCUAAUGAUUAAUUUCCAAUAUUUGCUAAAUUCGAAGAAUGUUUUAGGAAAUUUAGUGAUUAAUUUAUUUAAUUCAAUUUAAUUGGUUUAUUAGUUAAAAAUGCAGAAUAAGAAAUUAAGGAAAUGACUAUUAAAUGGAAAGGACCUCUUACAAAGAUAGAUAUUUUAUAUAAUGAACAUCAAUUAAUAUCAAAAGUGAUUAAUUUGGCAAAGGAUGUAUAUAUAUAAAAGAAAUCUUAAAAUUUAAGCAAGUAUGCUGAAUAAUUAGAUGUUUUUAUAAUAAAUAAUUAAAUAUCGACAUCAGAUUUAAAUACUUUAAAAAGAUUCAUUGGUAUAUUGAUAAGUCCAAUUAUAAUUAGAUUAAGAAAUUAUAUUUCUACAAUUUAUGAUCCAAGUUCAGAAAAUAAUUUAGUUGAUUUUUUGGAAUUAUGGAUUUAAGAUUUAGCAUAGGUUGAAACAGAUGAAACAGGAUUAUAUUAAUUUUAGACAAUAAGAAUAUUUGAUGAAUAAGUAUAAAAGGAUAUAAUGGGUAUAGUUAUGUCUAAAUUAAAACUUAAAAUUUAAGAAUGGAAUCUGAAUUCAAAAAUAUCUUUACAUUAAUGGUUAUAACCUUGGAUUAAUUCAAAAUUGAAUAAUAAGGAUUUGAUUGAAGAAGUAGAGAAAAAAUUAAAAUAAUUGAAAUUUAACGAUAGAGAUGACUUUGGUUUUAGUAUAUUGUAACCUUGGGCAUAAAAUUUAGGUGAAAAUUGGAAAAAUCUUUUAUAUAUGUAGGUUUUACCAAAGAUGUUAUUUUGUCUACACAAUUUAGAAAUAAAUCCAUAAAAUUAGAAUGUUUAACCUAUAAGAGAAAUUUACAAGUGGAUGGAUGAAAUUGAACCAUAUAUAGAAAUGAUUUUCUAACCAUUAAUUGAGAAAUUGAAUAUAACUUUAGAGAAUUGGAUAAAGCAAGAAGGAAAUAGAGAUGAAAUGAACAAGUAAUUCAAUUUAAAAUUAUUAUUUAGAUGGUUAGAGGGAUGGGAAAGAUUUUUAAUGAAAAGAGUUAUAUAAAAAGUGUAUAAGUUUUAAAGCCUAUUCAAUUCGAUGAAACAAAAAAUUAAAUGAUGAUAGUUAAGUUUUAU